GCAUGCGAUUAACAAUAAUUCAUUUACAACAGAAUUAGAAAUUCUUUCGAAUUCUCUCUGAGUCUUGAGUCUGAAGUUUGUUGGAAUUUGAAGAUCUGUACAACAAUGGAGGGGACUCCGAUUUCGAACCUGUUGRUGAGGCUGUUAGACGGGAAAACCCUAACUCUGAAAUUGACAUCCCCUUCGGUAGACGGCCAUGAACUCAAGSGCCGUCUCUUCGACAGCACUGGAAUUCCCCCAAAUCAGCAGCGUCUCGUCACCGGUGUUCGCCAGAUCGAGGACCAUUCGGUUAUAUCAUGUUCUUCCGGAAGAUUUCCGACUGUUCAUCUUCUGCUUCGGCUGGUCGGAGGCAAGGGGGGAUUCGGAUCGCUGCUGCGUGGGGCGGCAACGAAAGCAGGGCAGAAGAAGACGAACAAUUUCGACGCGUGUAGGGAUAUGAGUGGGAGAAGGCUGAGGCAUGUGAAUGCCGACCAAAGAAACAGCUGCAAGUAGAUGCAAUUCAGAAGAAGCAACACUGAAUUUUGAUGAUUUUAGUUCUGCUGCAGAAAUGGAGGUUGUUGGAUUGGAAAGGCUAAAACGUGAACUGCAAGCUAGAGGGUUAAAAUGUGGAGGGACCUUGCAAGAGAGGGCAGCCAGACUUUUCCUUCUCAAGUCCACCCCUCUGGAUAACCUUCCAAAGAAGCUUCUCGCCAGAAAGUAACUCAUUGGAAAUUUUCCUUACCUGACUUUUUACUGUUACAUAACCACCAAAAUUAGGAAGAAUGAUCUUGGCAAUCAAAUGUAGUAGUGUCAGUCGGUUGUUCCGUGAGAUUAGUCGAGAUACGUCCAAGCUGGCACGGACACUCACAGAUAUAAAAAAAAUAAAAAUAAGAAGAAUGAUGCUAUUGUAGUAUUGUUUUUCAACCGACUCUGCUCUGCACUGGUUGUGUGUAAUUCAUACACUUUUGAUAGUUAUAAUGAGUAUGGUGUUAAUAUAAGAUGGUGGGCUGCAUUCUUUUGAUAGUUACAAAA